AUGGAGACACCCCGUAAAGAUAGUGAGGACUCGAAAAACACCACACAGGACACGACCGACACCAAACAGGACACGAAAAACACCACACAGGAUACGACCGACACCAAACAGGACACGAAAAACACCCAACAGGACAAGAACCACACCCAACAGGACACGAACCACACCCAACAGGACAAGAACCACACCCAAUGGGCCACGAACCACACCCAACAGGACAAGGACACAAACCACACCCAACAGACCCGAACCACACCCAACAAGACACGAACCACACCCAACAGGACAAGAACCACACCCAACAGACCCGAACCACACCCAACAGGACAAGAACCACACCCAACAUGA